UGCUUGGUAUCAGAGCGAUUGUGUUGUUACCCCCAGGUAUCAAUAAAGUAUCUCUGAUUCUGAAAUAACAAAUUGAAGUAGACCUAUAUAAGUAAAUCCAUCCACAGAGGGUCAGUGAAAAGGGGGAGUGAUGAGUGCUGCUGGUCACUGCUACUUGUUAUGGUUCCAAAUUGUGUUUGUAAAGCUGCUACCACUGUUGUUAUUAUAUAAUAAAUUAAUGCAACAUGCACAGGGAACAGUGUGUACAGUGUGUUGUUCUGCUCCCCUCCUGCGAUGAACACUUGUAGGUACAACAUCCACUGAGCAUGCGCAGAUCCGUCGGCCGCCUGUGUCAGCUCGCAGACAUCAUCGCAGGUUGAGCUGAACAUCCGCUGCCACAAGGAGGGAUCUUCUUCAGCAAUCUGUGCUCCUUUUACGGUCUUCACCGCCGCCGCUGCUGCUGCCGCGGUGUCAAAACCAACAGCACGGAGGGAGCACAAGCCAUAAGAUGAAGAAACGCUAUGUGGACGCGAGCAGGCUACGGAAAAUGAAAAAACUGAAAAUAACAGAGAAGCUGUCUGAGAGUGCGUACACCUUCCUGAAGUUUAUGAUAAUGUGGACACUGGUGCUGCUGGCAGAUUUCAUCCUUGAAUUCAGACUGGAGUACUUGUGGCCAUGCUGGCUCUUCUUUGGGAGCGUGUACACCACUUUCCACUGCCACGGGCUGGUUAUUUGUGUUGUUUUUGUUUGUGCUGCCUUUACUCUGGACAUCUUUUGUUUAAUUUUUGUUCCUUUGCACUGGCUAUUCUUUGUGGCGAGCACCUAUGUGUUAUUUAAUUACAUUUGGCACACAGAGAAAGGCAUUUGUAUAUCAACGGUGUCCCUGUGGAUCCUGCUUGUGUACACAGAGGCUUCACUUCGACUGAAAGACCUUAAAACUUCUCAUGCCAACCUGUCUCAUCUUUUUGCUGCACACUGCAUUGGAUAUCCCGUGGUGUAUCUGGGGUUUGAUGCCACCUGCUACUUCACUAACAUUUUCAAGCUGCGCAUACAGAAAGCUGUGCAGAGUGAGAAUGAUUUCCACAUGCACCUCCUGCAGCACUCGCUCCCUCCAGGCCUGCAGGUUUACCCCAAGACUGGCACAGAUGGCAGCAGCAGCUCAAAAUGGAAAAUAAAGCCAGAGUCGACUCAGUAUCAGUGUCAGAAUGGUGCUGUUGUGGCCCACGAUGAGGUGCACACUGUGGACUGCCUCCAGAUCCGCAGCGAAGAAAGAGCAACAGAGAAGGGAACACAGGAGGUGAGGUCGGCUGAAUCAAACCGACGGCUGGUAUUAUCCAAACCUGGUGAGUCCAGAGAUGUGCUCCACUGUGGGGCAGGAGGACCAGAAUCCUCUACAACCCCAGAAAAUCUACCUCAAGAUGAGCAAGGAAGCAAAGCCACACGGGCGUCUAAAAGCUCCUCGCCAAAAACCCGCAGAGGCAGCACAAACACUCCUUCACCACCUGCAGGGAGGACUGAAAAGAAGCAGAGAUCCAGCUCAAAAACAGUCAGCCCCAACCGGGACGUUAUGGAGAAGAGUGCCACAGCCGCUCAGAAUCACCACACUGAGCAGAUGACCAAGCUGGAGCAGGAGCUGAGGAGGCUGAAAGGCGAGCUGCAGGUGAGCAGGCAGAGCGAGCAGGAGCUGCGAAGUCACAUCUGCAACUUGACCAACAGCGAAAGGAGCCUGAGACCAGAAGUUUCCCUGCUCAGACAGUCCAACAUGCUGCUCCAGAGCAAGAUUCUGUGUCUGACUAAAACCAAACAAAGGGACAAACAGAGCAGUGCGAUGCUGGAGAAGAAGACCAGAGCAGAGACGGAGGCCAGACUCUCCGUUGAGAAACAGUUGGCUGAGCUUCAGGCUCAGAAACUGGAGGAAGCAGCCAGCACAGCACGGAGUCUAACAAACAGGCAGGAACACUGUGAGACCCAAAUGUUAAGGAAAAGAGUUAAAGAUCUAGAGACAGAGUACAAACAACUACAGCUGGAGUGUCAAGUGAAACAGAGUCGUGUGGUAGAUCUAGAGAGUGAUGUUGAGGCUUUGGGAAAGUACCGUUGUGUGGAGAAAGAGACAGACAUGCUGCUGUCCACUCUGUCAGCCAUGCAGGAGAAAGCUCAACAUCUGGAGUACAACCUGAGCGCAGAGACUCGCAUCAAACUGGACCUGUUCUCGGCUCUGGGAGACGCCCGCCGACAGCUGGAAAUCGCUCAAGAUAAAGUGAUGAAGCAGGACCGGGAGAUAAAAGAGAUGAAGCAGAAGAUUGCAGAGGUGAUGGCUGUCAGUCCUGGCGUAUCCUACGUGGCUCCUCGGCCUCCGGUGCCGCAGUAUCUCACCAAGUUACUCAACUCUGAGCGCUACAUGCUGAAUCCACGAGCACUGAUGUACCAGUGUCUAAAGAAAUGAAGGUCUGUCAUUGCCUUUUUCUGAUCCUUAGAUCCCUCCAAUAUGAAACAUGAGGUGAAGGGGCUAAUGGAUUUCAUCACAGAGCUAAAUGACACCAUUAAGUCGUCUACUUCCAGCCAUGAAUGGAAACCAGAAUGAGCCUCCACAAGUUGAAUGCCUUUUGCUGCACUUAUGGUGCUAACUUUCCAUCAUAAUAUAUUUCCCUUUUCCUCCCACAUGAACAGUUGAAGAGUUUCACUCCAAAAUGAGAUAUCUGAUAUGCAGUGCUGCUGUAGGCACAAAUAUUAUGUAAAGACACACUCACAAUAAGCAUAAACCAUCUAGUUGGGAUGCAACAGAGAAAAGCACAACAUUGUUUUCACUUUUAGACCCUGUAAAUUUGUCUAAAUGACUGAUUUUUGGUUGUGUUUAAAUUGUGCAAGCCAGGAUUUUGCAGUGUUGCGACUGCAAAUUCAGCCAAUCCUUGUGAAUUCUGCACAACCUUGCAAUUUUUUCAAAUCACUGCAACUUCACCACAAAUUUAGUCUCACACACAGUGACAGGAAGAACUGUUCGCAACCCAAGGCUAAUUUUACUCAACGUUUAUUAACCGGUUUUAAUACCUUGAGUUGAGUCAUUUCGGUAUCGGUGUGAACCGCACAAGAAUGCAAACACGUGAGCCCCACCACAUAUAAUCCCGAGUGGAGUCAUUUUCUGCAGCACAGAGCAGGCUUUCAUGGAGGACACUUACCAUUUCAGCCAAACAAUGAAAUACAUACUACUGUACGGGACAAAGAUUAUUGUACUCAGUAAGUGUUGGAGCUCUUUCACUUAACAAACCAUAAAGUGUCACAACUGCUGUUGAGCUGUCGUAGGCACACGAGACUCUCCCUCACCUGACAGUGAUUUGGGGCACACGGUGUUUCUGUCUCAGCUGACACUGAAGCUGUUGGGCUUCGGGAUCCCAGACUCUCCCUCACCUGAUGGUGUAUCUCUUUCUCGUCUGUUUCUGCCUCAUUUGUAAAGUAGCCUAUUCUUCCUGUCGAUCACUGUGUUUCAUUCUCGUCGACCUCACUGUUGCCUCCUAAAUCUUCCUGACUGGCUCUGACGUGUAUGACAAAGAAAACUUUGGACCAUCAAAGAUCUUUUUAAAAUAUUAGUUUUAUCUUAUGCCAAUAUUUGCUCUGAAAAUGCAUUAUAUCACCAUGUGAUCCUACGUAAUUGUAACUUACAAAAAUACAAACUCUUAUGAUGAAAAAAUCCCUAAAAAUAUUGCAACUUGCAUUGCAAUUUUCUAGAAUAACUGCUACAAAAUCAGACAUUUCCAGCCGCAGCAAUCACAAAAGCAGCCCACCGAAUCCUGUAGGGACAGACAAGUAGAUGUAUCUCGCUAACCUGUAGACCCACGAGCUUACUGUCCUACUGUAGCUUUAACAAAUCAACUCACUCUGUACAAUAUAUUUUCAGGCACGACAGUAGAACUACACACUCAAUAUCAUUUUUAUGGUUUGAAAAAGUAUAAUACUUACAAAGAUGUAAGA